AUGAGAGAUGAUAAUACAAACAAUGUUAAUAUGAAAAUAUGGUAAUUGAUGUUUCUGUAACAAAUAUCAUAGUCUUAUCAGAUUAUAUAUCUUUCCUAUCUCAUUUGGAAAUAUGAUCUUUUAUAUUUGAUGUCAUAAUAUUGGAUGCUUGAUAUAUUUAUGCUUACAGCUUUGGGAUUAUUGAGAAUAAAGUACAUUUUAAUUAAUGUAGAUUUAAAGCAAUUGUAAAUAAUUUAAUUAUGGAUACAUUGAUUGGAAGUGUACUCAAAUUAUUACUAUUGAUAAAUGUUAAAUAUUAUUAGCAAUUCUAAAUUUAAUAUUUUAGUUAUGCAAUUAUGGCAUAUUAUUUCAUUAGAGUACUUGUAUAAAAUAUUCGUAAAAUAUCUAAUAAUCAACAAAUAUCAUAAUAUUCUUUUGUAAACAUUUAUAUAAAUAAGAGAUUAUUUAAGGAAUCAAAUUAUUAUUUGUAUUACAAAUCAUGUUAGUAACAAUGAAACAUACAAAAACGAUAACUUGGAAUUGGUAUAGUGUAUUUAGUAUAUCUUGGGGAUUGUUGAUUAUUUCUUUUAUUGUAUAUUUUGUAUUCUUGCUUUCAAUUGGAGAAACCAUUAUGGAUUAUGUUAGAAAUCGAACAACAAAAACACAAUGUAUAUUUAAAUUAUAAUAAAAGUAAUAGGAGGAUUAUGGUUUUCACUUUAUAUGAAUUCAUUUUCAAUAUUACCAAUGUGGUUUCUCUUAGAAGUAAGUUGGUAUGAAGAAACAAAUUACUCAAAUACAACUUCAACUCUAUUUUUAGUACUUAUAGUUUAUAAUGGUAUAAUACUAUUAGGAUUAAUAUUGUUCUUUUCUUAUAUUAAGUAAUAAUCUCAAGUAUUUAGAGAUUAUAUAUAAUUGAAAUCAGAUUUAAUACAACUAAUUAAACAAAUUAGACUAGAUAGAAAUAAAAGUUUAUAUAAAUUGAUAUUCCUUAUAAAAUUGUUUAAAUAUCAUCAACAUAUUUCGAAAUUAUCCGUUAUUAGAAAAAUAUGAUUACAGUGUAACAUAGCAAUUAAUCAGUGAUUCAUUAGAAAACUAAAUUAAAGGCAUUUGAAUUUGUUGGAAAGACUGAGUAAUUAUAAUCUCCUGUAGCUGAAAGAGAAUUAGAAUUAAUUAAAUAGAUUGAAGAAAAAUGUUAAAUUUGUUAUGAUGUAGAACCUAAUAUUGUAUUAUUACCAUGUUAACAUGGAGGAAUAUGUGAAGAAUGCAUUAUUAAAUGGUUAGAAAAAUAGAAAAAUUGUUAUAUUUGUAGAUAAGUAAGAAUAUUAGUUAAUUUUAGAAAAUUGAAAAAUAUUUAAGAGUAGCUAAAACCCAUGAAGAAGGAAAAUUUACAAUUCGUGACAUAGCUAUGUGUGAUUGA